AUGGACCGUGUGGGUGACGAGCAUGUCAACCACUACGGUACAAGGCAGGCUAUACGCGAAGCUCUCAUCAACGCAAGCGAUGACUUUAAGAAGAUUGAUCCUACUGGGUUUGCCGUGUGGAAAGACUUCUUCGCCAAUGCGGCUACAGUCACAGCAACACCCGCUCGCCGUCUUGACAUCGUCUCCCGGGUUUGCGUGGUCCCACCUCAACUAGUGCUUGCCGUUGAAGAACUCUCAUGCUACUACGAUGCGAAGCUUUUCUUUCGGAAAGCCAUCGAAGCCAAGAUUGAUACAGUCAAGAAUGCCGAAUUCGAGGACGAAGUUCAAGGUGUAGCAAGCUUCAAGUCAGCUAGGGAUGAAGUGGACGAGCUUGAGGUCACCGUACGCCGGUUCAAGAGUGACAUACCUGCGCUGGUCGGCUCUCAGAUGCGCUGGGAUUGGCAAGGACCGGUCAACAAAGCAUAG